AUGCUGGCCCACAAGGAGACACUUGGUAGGAAAAGUGUUACAAGAUGCUGCCAUUUCUUCUGCUGCUGCUUCUUUCAGCCCUCACUCCAGCUUCAGCCUGGAUUCCUGUGGAGGACUGGGAGUCUGGCAAUGUGACAACAUCAGUGGGUGAGUCUGGUCAGUGCCUUUGUCAUGUGUAUUUGCCUGAGACCAUCUUCCCUGUAGACCGGGUUCAGCAUAUGCAACAAGUCAGCAAGGAUCUGAUCCUGGAAGUGGACAUUCAACUGAACAAGAUUGAGGGCUACCAGGGUAAGCUGGAGGUCUAUCUAAAGGAACUGGCGGCCCUGAGCUUACGAGUGGCCAUGUUGGAGAGCAGUGCUGACAAUUACAUCAAACUGGACUUUGAGAUGCUCAGGAUCGAGCUCAGAGAGUUCGAGGCUCUGGUGUCUCAACUCAAAGAGUCCCUAAACUCCUCCUCGCCCAUGUUCGACAGCCUGUACACUGAGAUCCGCAACAUGACCCUUAUUGUGAACCAACUGGAGACAUACGACAAGAGCAACCUGCAGGUGAUCCGCAUUGAGUUUGCUAAACUGCAGAAGAAGCUAGAGGAGUGCCAGAAGGAGCAGGAGUACAUCGAGCCGGAUAUUGGCAACUGCAAUCAUACAGGAAUCCUGAGCAUCAGCAAGCCAUUGGUGGUCCAACUGAAUGCUCAUUUGAGCCCGGGAUACCAAUAUGGUGGCUGGGGAAAAGACUCCAAACCAGUUAGAGGCACUGAGUCAAUGUACUGGUACGGUGCUUAUAGCGGCCCCUAUGUGCACGACUUCUAUCAGUAUGCUGACUAUGAAAAGCUGCUUCUCAGGUCUAAUUCCAAAUACCAUGACUUAGCAUGGUCAGGUUUUGGUAACAAUUACAUAGUUCGUGGUAACACCAUGUAUUAUCAAAUCAACAAUCCUUUCAGCAUGGGCAAACUAAAUCUGACCAGUUCUGCAAAAGACUACCGCGUGAUUCCAUCGGCAAGUCAAAGGUUCUCGUACAGUUACUCAGACAAUCAGAACCUGGAUUUUGCAGCUGAUGAAACAGGAUUGUGGGUAAUGUAUGCCUCUGAGGAGAGCAAAGGUAAAAUAGUCCUAGCUAAAAUUGAUGAGAAAUCGUUUGGCAUCGAGGAUGUGAUAAGCACUGGUGUGUACAAGCAAAGGGCUGGUAAUGCUUUCAUGGCCUGUGGAGUCAUGUAUGUCACCAGGCCAGUGGAUGUGACCACAGAAGAGAUCUUCUACGCCUUUGACAGUAAGACCAGGGAGGAGAAAAACCUGAGCAUUCGCUUCCCCAAGUUCCAGGAGAAAUACUUCAACCUGGACUACAAUCCCACUGAUCAGAAGCUCUACAUGUACAACAACGGCUACUAUGUGUCCUACAAUGUGAGGUUCAAUAAAGAUUAAGUCCUUUUGUCUUUGUGAUCCAUCGUUUUGUGAUUAACACGAUUGAUCUGUUUUGAAUCACGCUGCCCCGGGAGAUCUAUAUAUCUACCAAAAUCUUUUCUUGAAUAAAAUCAAACUGAAGCAUUCAAAA